GCUUUGUGUAGGCGGGAACAGCCUGGAUGUAGGGGAGAAGGAAAGGGAGGUGCAAGCCAUACCAUGUUUCUAAAUUUAUUCAUUGCUUAACACACGGGCACAGAACCUGGCUGAGGACAAGACUUAAGUCUUCUCUCUCACGGGAUCACAGAUUGUAGCAAUGGAACAGGUCUCAGAAGCAGUUGGCAAGUUUACAGUUGAUCUUUUCAAGAAGCUGAAUGAGACCAACAACGACAAAAACAUUUUCUUUUCCCCCUGGAGUAUAUCAUCUGCUCUGGCCCUGACAUACCUGGGUGCAAAAGGCAAUACAGCGAGAGAGAUAGGAGAGGUUCUUCAUUUCACUAAAGCUGCGGGAGCUGCUGGGUCGUCUUCUGUGGCCAGACCUUCUCGGGGGAGACCAAAAAGAAGAAAAAUGGACCCUGAUCAUGAGCAAGCUGAAAAUAUCCACUCUGGCUUCAAGGAGCUCCUGACUGCCAUGAACAAACCCAGAAACACCUACUCACUGAGAAGUGCCAACCGUAUCUAUGUGGAAAAAACCUACCCAUUGCUGCCUACAUACAUACAGCUCAGCAAGAAAUACUACAAGGCAGAGCCGCAAAAGGUUAACUUUAAAACAGCACCUGAACAAUCCAGGAAGGAAAUCAACACCUGGGUGGAAAAGCAAACUGAGGGUAAAAUCAAGAAUUUGCUGAAUUCACAAGAUGUGCAAAGCUACACCAAGCUGAUCCUGGUAAAUGCCAUCUACUUCAAGGCAGAAUGGAAGAGAAAUUUAACGGAGGAAUAUUCUUAUCAUGGAAACAAGAACUUCAAAAUGAUUGAGCUACCGUACGUGAAACGUGAACUCAGUAUGUUCAUCCUACUUCCCGAUGACAUCAAAGAUGAACUGGCCAGGCAGAGUAUAAAUUCAGCCUACCCUUCGUGUGAACCGCAGAAACGUUGGAGACACCCAGAGCAGCAGUCUUUCUCCCUGCACAAAACAAGGUUCAGAAUAAUGGAAGCUUUAAAUAAAGCAAACACAAACUUUGCUCUUGACUUUUUCAAGCAUCAGUGUCAAGAAGAUGGCAACAAGAAUAUUUUGUUUGCCCCUUUGAGUAUUUCAUCUGUCCUGGCUACCGUGUAUUUGGGAGCAAAAGGUAACACUGCAGAUCAGAUGGCAAAGGUACUUCACUUUAAUGAAGUUGAAGGAGCCAGAAAUGUCACCACAACCAUAAGAAUGCAAGUCUUUUCCAGAACAGAAGAAUAUCUAUCAAAUCGACGUGCCUGUUUCCAGAAGACAGAAAUUGGCAAAUCAGGCAAUAUCCACACUGGGUUUAAAGCACUCAACUUGGAAAUCAACAAACCCAAUAAAAAUUACAUGCUUAAAAGUGUCAAUCAGUUAUAUGGAGAAAAAUCACUGCCUUUCAGUAAGGAAUACUUACAGUUAGCCAAGAAAUACUACAAUGCAGAGCCACAAGCAGUUGACUUCAUGGGAGCAGCAAAUGAAAUCAGAAGAGAGAUCAACUCCAGGGUUGAAGAGCAGACUGAAGGUAAAAUUCAAAAUCUGUUGCCUCCUGGAUCCAUAGAUUCACUCACCAGGCUAGUCCUGGUAAAUGCACUCUACUUCAAAGGAACUUGGGCAACAAAGUUUGAAGCUGAAGCUACCAGGCAAAGGCCUUUCAGAAUAAACACGCAUACAACUAAACCAGUGCCAAUGAUGUUCCUGAGUGGUAAAUUUAAUUUUACCUACAUAGAAUCAGUCCAGACUGAUGUUGUUGAGCUUCCAUACAGUAAUAAUGACCUCAGCAUGUUUAUCCUCCUACCGCGUGACAUCGCCGGCCUACAAAAGCUAAUAAGAGAAUUGACUUUUGAAAACUUGUCUGCGUGGACCAGCCCGGAAUUAAUGGAGAAAAUGAAAGUGGAGCUGUAUCUGCCCAGGUUCACUGUAGAAGAGAAAUAUAACCUCAAAUCUGCUUUGAGCAAGAUGGGGAUACAAGAUGCCUUCACUGAAGGUCAAGCUGAUUUCACAGGAAUGUCAGAGAAAGAUAAUCUGGUUUUGUCACAAGUUUUUCACAAGUGUUAUGUGGAAGUCAAUGAAGAAGGUACAGAGGCAGCAGCUGCCAGUUCAGCAGCUCUGACGUCACGAAGCCUUGGUGCUGCUAUUAUUUUUGUAGCAGAUCACCCUUUCCUUUUUUUUAUCAGACACAACAGCACCAAGUGCAUCCUCUUCUUGGGAAGGUUCUGCUCCCCCUAAAAGACUGACUGUUACUAAACCAGCCCCUGCAACAACAAUAACAAACACAAUCCACAGCAGGAAGAACUUCUCAACAGCCUGUGCACUUUACCAUUUUCCUGUACUGUUGACAAUCUCUGUUAGAAGAGAGCACAUAUUAAAAAUAACUUAAUGUCAAGCCUCUGGCUCACUUUCCUGGACAAAGAACCCGAAAAUUGUAGAACGGUACCCUAAGCACCAAAAUGUGGCAGAACAACAUUGAUGCGUCUUUUCAGUGCUUUCCAAACCAGAAUUGUCACUAUGCACAACAGACCAGGUUGAUCUAAAAGAGUACUUCCCAACACACUUGCUUUGGCACAUAAGAAGGAAAGAAACAGGAAAAACUCCUUCAUGCAGAAAGAUCUCUGUUAAGCUGGUUGUCCCGGGAGGGUCACCUCAACCACAGCCCUUCUCCUCCUCAGUUUUGUAAGAACUUCACAGCCUAGCACAGCUGGUAAUGAAAUAAAACUGCAAAUUCCUCUGUGUUCCUGAUACUGGUGAUUUGUUCUUGUGUGCAAAGGGGCUAACACAUGGACUUUCUAAUCUCUGCCCUACAUCAAUUGGCAAAUACUGAAACAACAACACAGAACUGGAGGAAAAUAAAACAUGUGCCUUGAAAACCU